AUGGAAGUGCCUGAACACAAGCAGGUUAAGCAUGUUGCCUGGAGAUUGAAGAGUACUGCUGCAGUAUGGUGGGAUAAGUUGCAGAACACUCGAAAGAAGCAGAGGAAGCAGGGUGUUAGGACAUGGCAAAGAAUGAAGCAGUUGAUGAUGGAGAGAUUCUUGCCAGAUGAUUAUGAGCAGAUUCUAUACAGGUUGUAUAUUGAAUGUGUCCAGGGAACUAGGACAGUGGCUGAUUACACAGCUGAGUUCUUACGCUAUUCAGAGCGUAACGAACUAGGAGAAUCUGAAGACCAGAAGGUGGCUCGCUAUGUCAGUGGGCUGAAGCCUUCCAUUCAGGAGAAAAUUGGGUUACAAACUGUUCAUACUAUGGUCGAAGCUUCAAACCUAGCAUUGAAGGCAGAGUUGUUAGAGAAGCCUUCACGUGCUUCUUCCUUCCAGAGAUAUAACUACCAAAGGAGCACAUAUUUGGUUAACUCCUCAAUUGACAAGGGUAAAACCACACUGCAGAAAACAAAAAACGCUUUUAGGGCUUCCAAUCCUCCUUUUAAAGGGGCUGGCAGUUCUAACAGUUCUAGUGGUGCUCAAAACAGGGCCCCGAACCAGAGGCUUAAUAAUCCUUAUGCUAGACCUACAACAGAUGUCUGCUAUCGAUGCAACAAACCUGGGCAUAGAUCUAAUGUGUGUCAUGAGAGGAGACAAACUGCUCUUAUAGGUGAAUAUGAUGAAGAUGAAGAAGAAGGAGGAAGAGGUGACGAUUAUGAUGGGGCUAAAUUUACGGAGGAGGAGUCUCCUGAAAAGGUUUAUAUUGUGUUGCAGCGGGUCUUAUUAUGUCCUAAAGAAGAUGGGCAGCGACACAAUAUUUUCAGGUCAUUUUGUUCCAUCAAUAACAAAGUGUGCAAUUUAAUUGUGGAUAAUGGGAGCUGUGAAAACUUUGUAGCCAAGAAGCUGGUGGACUACUUGCAGUUACCUAUGCAGCCUCAUAAAGCACCUUAUUCCCUUGGUUGGGUCAAGAAAGGUCCACAAGUUCGAGUUACUGAUUCCUGCAAAGUACCGGAUGUGGAUGUGAUUUAUAAAGGCAGAGAUAAUGUGAUGAUGUUUAUGUGGAAUAGUCAUAAAAUUGCUAUGGCUCCUGUGUGUCAAUUUGAGAAAUCUGGUGGAAAGAAAGGGGAGAUUUUUCUGACCUUGUCUAGUAGUGAAUUUGAGAUGGAAAAGGCCUUUAAAGAAUCUGAAGUUUUCUGCCCAGUGGCGAUAAAGGGGUUGUUGGCUGCAGAAAAGGAAGAUGUGGUGAUCCCUAAGGAAGUGCAGAAUAUGUUGGGAGAGUUUGAAGAGUUGAUUUCAGAUGAGUUUCCCAACGAACUACCACCUAUGAGGGACAUUCAACAUCAAAUUGAUUUGGUUCCUGGAGCUAGUUUGCCAAAUCUGCCACAUUACCGAAUGAGUCCCAAGAAGAAUGAGAUUUUGAGGGAGCAGAUUGAAGAUUUGUUGAAAAAAGGGUUCAUUCAUGAAAGUAUGAGUCCAUGUGCAGUUCCAGUCCUCCUUGUUCCUAAGAAGGGCAAUCAAUGGCGGAUGUGUGUUGACAGCAGAGCCAUAAAUAAGAUAACUGUGAAGUACAGGUUUCCCAUUCCUCGUUUGGAGGAGAUGCUUGAUGAACUCGAGGGUUCCAAAGUGUUUACCAAGAUAGAUCUUCGAAGUGGUUACCACCAGAUUCGAAUCAAGCUAGGAGAUGAGUGGAAGACAGCUUUUAAGAGCAAGGAUGGCUUGUUCGAGUGGAUGGUUAUGCCAUUCAGGAUGUCUAAUGCACCCAGCACUUUUAUGAGGCUUAUGAACCAGGUUCUUCGUCCUUUUAUUGGAUUUGUGGUUGGAGAAGAAGGCAUUCAGGUUGAUGAAGAGAAGGUACGAGCAAUAAGAGAAUGGCCAGCUCCAAAAACAUACCUUAAUAGCCAGAAAACUGUGAAUAAGAUGCAUGCAAGGUGGGUGAGCUUUCUGCAAAAAUUCCCUUUUGUGAUUCAGCAUAAAUCUGGUACUCUUAACCGGGUUGCAGCUGCUUUGAGUAGAAGGCCUUCCUUGCUGGUCACUUUAGCUCAGGAGAUUAUGGGGUUUGAUCUCUUGAAGGAGUUGUAUGAGGAAGAUGUUGAUUUCAAGGAGAUUUGGGCCAAGUGCAGCAACAAUAAUGCAGUUGCAGAUUUUUAUGUGAAUGAUGGAUAUUUAUUCAAGGGCAACCGGCUAUGUAUCCCUAGUUCUUCAUUGAAGGAGAAACUGAUCAGAGAUCUGCAUGGAGGGGGAUUGAGUGGGCACUUAGGCCGAGACAAAAUUAUUGCUAGCCUUGAGGAGAGGUAUUUCUGGCCACAGUUGAAGAAGGAUGCAGGAACUAUCGAUCUUGCUAUGGAUUUUGUGUUGGGAUUACCCCGUACCCAAAGGGGUGUGGAUUCAGUGUUUGUGGUAGUUGACAGGUUCUCCAAGAUGGCGAAUUUCAUCGCAUGUAAGAAAACUGCUGAUGCUUCUAAUAUAGCCAAACUGUUCUUCAUGGUGGUGGUUCGUUUGCAUGGAGUACCCAAGUCCAUUACUUCUGAUAGAGACACAAAGUUAGCCACUUCUGGAUUACCUUGUGGAGGAUGUUUGGAACAGCUUUGA